GCCUCCUGGGAAUACAGUAUGUUCAUUCACGGUAAAAACUGCACCAGUCCCAAUAUAUGUGGAGCAGUGAGGGUCACUCAGUACCAGGGGGAGUCUGAACUCCUAGAUGUCAAUAAGAUAUCUUGUUUCUUGCCUGAUGAGUGUCAAGAGGGCUCAGUCAACUACGGACGGGGCAGGACUGUAAUCAGCUUAACAUGUUGCUCCGCUGACCGCUGCAACGAUAAGCACACCCCAAAGCCCGGCGUGCCUUCUGCUAAUGGGAAAAAGUGCUACGUAUACAAUGACCAAAACAUCACUGACAUUCUUAGCUGUGUGGGGAAUGAAGAUCGCUGCGUCUCAGCAACAGUGAUGACGGAAGGCAGAAAGAUUUCUGUGAAGGGCUGUGCCUCCAGGUCCAUGUGUUCUGGUAGUGGUUCAGCACAGAUGACAGGAGUCCUAAGUGACAUUUGCUGCUGCCAAGCUGACCUGUGCAACAGCGCAGGAGGCGUUGGUGUGAGCCUUCUGCUCCUGGUGGCACCAAUGGUCUGUUUUACUCUGUUGUCUUGACUGAAGCACAAUUGUCUCACCCACCCACCUCCUCCUCUUUCUUAAAGGUUUCAGCCAACAUUGUUUUUGCUGUUGCUUUAUCAUAGCUUUGUACUACUCAGUAAAAUUAAACAUUUCAUAAAAUUAGGUCCAUUUUGAUAGGGUUGAAAAUACACUCACCAAUGAAAAAUGAGUAGAAAACUUUGGGC